AUGUCAAAUUUGUCGCUCUAUUCGGUCAAUGCAAUUUUAAUCUUGGAUAAUCACGGGAAUAGAAUAUACUCAAAAUAUUAUAAGCCACCUCAUUUAAAUAACGUUAUAACUGAUAGUUUGUUUGAUAAUAUCAAGAAACAAAAAGAAUUCGAACAGAAAUUGUUCAAAAAGACGCAUAAACAAGAUUCUGAGAUUCUAAUCUUUGAAAAUAACAUUAUAUUAUACAAGGAAUACAUCGAUGUUACAAUAUACCUGGUUGGCAACAUUAAUGAAAAUGAAAUUAUCCUACAAAAUGCAUUCAGUGGAUUCAAAGGUUCAAUGGAAUUGCUCUUGAACAACGGUAUCGACAAUAAAAAUGUCAGUGAAAAUUGUGAUUUAGUUUACCUUUUAAUUGAUGAAAUUAUUGACAACGGUGUCAUUUUGGAGACUGAUCCAGCAUCCAUAGCUUCUAGAGUCACAAAACAACCAACCAGUGAUACUUUGAACCAAACUCUAGACUUAGAUAAGGGCCUCUUAGGUGCUUGGGGAUUUGCAAAGAGCAAAUUACAAGAGAGAUUACAACAAGGCUUAUAA